CCCUUCAGUCAGCCAUUCCAGCAGUCAGUCCUCGUGCAGCAGUUUGCCUUGUGUUACUGGCUCCCGGACGCCCCUUUUAGCAAAGACUGCCGGCCAAGCACUUUCCUCCACCAGAUUACCUCGCCCACCUCAACUAGGGAAGGGAGGAAACUACGAAGUAACGAUUGAAGACACUGGGCCAACCUUGCGUCCCUGGCAUGAGCAGUGUAUGCAUUACGCACGCAUGUUUGAGACCGGAGCUUCGAACAAUAACCGAGGUAUUGAAUUGCAGACUAAACAAAGAUGGCGGAAGCUUUGUUGAACCAAUCUUUGACGGGGCAGGAGGAGGAGCGAGAAGCAGAUGAAGGAAGAAGAGAGGAGGAAAGAUCGCCAGAUGAAGGAAGAGGAGCAAGGGAGGAGGAAAGACAAGAUGAAGGAAGAAGAGGAGAGGAGGAAAGAGGAGCUGUAGGAGAGGAGAGACGAGGAACAGAAGAGGAAAGAAGAGAAGUACACGGGGAGGCAAGACAACCAGAUGAGGGAAGAGGAGCAGGAGGGGAGGAGGAGGAGGAGGAGAGACGAGCAGAUGAAGGAAGAGAAGGAGUGGAGGAAGAAAGACAGCCAGAUGACGGUAGAAGAGAAGAGGAAGAAGAGUUAGAGAUUGAAGACGAAGACGAUUAUGAGGAGGAAGAGGAGGAGAGAGAAGCAGAAGACAGAGAAGCGGACGACGAAAGAGAACGGGAAGAGGAAUUACAACUACAGCAACAAAACAGAGGAGGAGAAAGACUUAGAGAUGUAGUAGAUGGCAGAGGAGCCUUAGAAACCUUAGGAGAAGCACCAAGACGCAUGAUAGAUCGAGAGGACAGAAUGUACUUGGCGGAGGAGCAUGAGAUGUCGCAGGUGGCCAGACUGACGGGCAAGGACUGGUGGCAGUGUCACCUGGGCACGGUGAAGCAGCGCAUGGCCACCCUGCACCACCACAGCAGACUCUACGAUGUCGUGCUCUGCUUCCCUAAAUACCAAGUGGAGAUGAAGGCACACAAGCUGGUCCUGGCCAUGAGCAGCCCUGUCCUGGAGGCGAUGCUGUUCGGGCCGAUGAGCCAAGACGCUGACGGACGCCCCCACUACCUGACGCUGGCGCAGGAUUUGCCUGAGACCUUCGAGUGGCUCCUGCGUUACCUGUACCGCGACGAGACUAAGUUUCAAGGCACCGUGCAGGCCCUAAGCGUCUACGAGGCUGCACACAAGUACCAGAUAGAUGCCCUCGCCAGACUGUGCUCCCAUUACCUGGCAGACUCCGUGACUCCUGACAACUUCCCCUUCGUGUUUGAUCCUGCGGUGCUGCACGAAGACGCUGAGCUGCUGAACAGGUGUUACGAGGUGGCGGCGGUGCAGGGGCGGGAAGUGCUGAGUUGCCCGGACCUGUGUGUGCUGCGGCGGCCUGCCCUGCGUGCCCUGCUCACCCUCCCGCGCCUCAACGUGGACAAGGAGAGCUACGUGUUCCGCGCCCUCGUACAGUGGGGUUGGUACCACUUGGACGAAGGGCCGCCGCCCCCCGCCAAGCCCUGCCCGGAGUUGCUGCCAGCGCGGCGGCGGCUGAGGGCAAUCAUCGACGAGUUUCUGCCGUACGUGCGCUUCCUGGCGAUGGAUCUGAACGAGUUCGUGAAUGAAGUGGAGGGGAGCCAGCUGCUGAGCCCCGACGAGUGCAUGGCGGUGGUGCGAGCCCUGAGGGGCAUCGCGCCCGCGCCUGUGCUGCCACACUUCAUAUCGGCCGAUGCCACGCGGCGCCGCAAGGGCUUGGUGACCGUGGCCGUGCUGAUCAGCCCGCCAUCCAACGAGCCCCUCACCUUCGAGUACCUGGAGAUCCUCAGCAUCAACCUGAUGCAGAACCUGACGGUGAGCACCGCGGUGCACCUGGUGCGUCUGGCCAGCACGGGCGUGUGCAGUCUGCGGGAGGGCAGCGUGGUGGUGUGGGACGAGGGCGGGGACCACGUGGCCAGGGGUGUGUGGUCAGGGAACGGUUGCCUCUUUCGGCGGCCCGUGUCGCUGGCGGUGGGACGGCGGUACUCCGCAGUGCUGACGCUGAAGGAGGCCUGGUGUGUACUGACCACCACGACCAUCAACGUGACCCACAAGCGCAUAGUUUUCCGAGGUCAGACGCAGUGUGGGGGACGCCUCAGAUUGGAGUACAUGUCCGGCGCCUUCUUGCCCCCGCCCUCCCUGCAGCGCCGCCUGCCGGCCUCCGUCUGCCUCAUAGACUCCUGAUAAGUCCUUCCUGCAGCGUGCCGAGGGUUCAGAGGCCAAUGGACGUUUAAGACAAGGGCAGGACACGUGCCCGCUACAAGAGCUGAGGGACACGAAAGAUGGCAAAAAAAAAACAAAAAAAAAAAAACAGGGCGGAAGUGGCGGGAAGACUUGGGUGAUGUGAGAGGAACACACACUCUUGACAAAUAUUCCUCCUCCUCCUCCAGCUAAGAACUUUUAUGAAAUGAGUUUAGUAAUCAGUCGUGAUUCUUAGGCUUGAAGUUUUAAUAUGACCAUCGAUCUGUUUUUAGAUUUUUUUUUCUUUUUUAAGUUCGAUAAGGCUCGCGCUUUCAGUUGUUCAGAGACCUCCGUGCACCAACUUGUUAUUUUAAACUAAAAACAUUGUAGAAGCUUUUUUAUUAGUAUUUUUUAAUAUGUAUCUUAAUUACGAACACGAAAUAAGUUUUAACUUGUCGAGUCUUAUGAUGUAUAUUAACAGUUCAUAUAAAAUAUUAAUGUGUGAUAA